AUGACGAGCUGGCUACGUACAGCUAUCGCGCUGUCGGCGAUAUGCGCACCGGCGCUCUCGCUGGCGCCAAGCGGUGCUUGGGACAAGUUCAACUAUGCUCCGGACUCGAAGACGGUGUACCCGACGGCUGUACAUAGCUCGCACGGCGCUGUGAAGAACGCCAAGUCGCUCUUGAAGACGGGUAGGAGCGGCUCCUUAACUACACUCGGAAAUGGUUCCUGGAUUGCUCUGGACUUUGGCAUUGAGGUCGGCGGGCUCAUAUCGCUGAAUCUGCACGGCGUCUCGUCGCCUGUCUCGUUUGCGCUGUCGUUCACGGAAUCGCCGACGUUCAUUCGGCCCGACGCGUCAGACGACUCGACCUACCCCGACGCGAGCACGACGUACGACGGCAUCGAGCCCGUCACCGUGUCCGAGUCGGGACUAUGGACUCAGCCCGCACGCUGGCUCCGCGGCGGCUUCCGCUACCUCACCAUCGCCUCUAACGCGACCGAGCUCACCGUGUCGAACGUGUCGUGCGCGAUCUCGUUCAUGCCGCACGUCGAUGACCUGCGCGCGUACGCGGGCUACUUCUCGACCGAGGACACGUUCGCGGCGACGACCGCGCCGGGGAAGAAAAAGGUGGACGGCGACUUCUUGACGAAAUUGUGGUAUGCGGGGGCGUAUACGGUACAGACGAACACCGUACCGGUAAACACAGGCCGGCAAAUCCCCGUCGUAGCGUCGCCAGGUUGGGCGAACAAUGCGACGCUGGGCGUGGCAGGUCCCAUCAUCGUCGACGGCGCGAAACGUGACCGUGCCGUUUGGCCGGGAGAUAUGGGGAUCGCCGUGCCGACGCAGUUCGUGUCGACGAACGAUUUGCUCCCGACCAAGAAUGCACUGUCGACCAUGUUCGUCCACAUCAACCCCGUCACCGGAGCUUUGCCCGAGUCCGGACCACCUCUCUCUCAGCUUGACAGCGAUACGUACCACAUGUGGACGCUGAUCGGGACGUACAACUACCACCUCUACUCAGGCGACGACGCCUGGCUCUCGACCAUCUGGGCCAACUACACCAAGGCCGUGGCGUACGUCGAGAGCAAGGUCGACUCGUCUGGGCUGAUGAACGUCACCGGUUUGCGCGACUGGGCCCGGCUAGGCGGUGGAGGCCACAACGCGGAGGGAAAUGCGAUACUCUACAAGGUCCUGACCAACUCGGCCGAGCUCGCCUCGUCUGUGCCCGUCCUCAACGCUUCGGAGCUGGGGGAGAAGUGGGCUGCGAACGCGACCGCGCUGAAGGCCGCGUUCAACGGCGCGUUUUGGGAUGAGGGGCAGGGGAUGUACGUGGAUAAUACGACGACGACGCUCGCGCCGCAGGACGCGAACUCGUUCGCUGUGCUGUUUAAUGUGACGGACGAAGAGGAGAAGAAGGCGCUGGUGAGCGCCGGGUUGGAGAGGAAUUGGAACGAGCUUGGUCCUGUGGCGCCUGAGCUGCCGGACACGAUCAGCCCCUUCAUCGGUGGUUUUGAGCUGCAAGCACACUUCGAGGCUGGCAACGACGCGCGCGCGAUGGAUCUGUUGCAUCGGACGUGGGGCUACAUGCUGUACACGAAUCUGAGCGUGCAGUCGACUUUGCUCGAGGGUUUCACCGCGAACGGGUCUCUCAGCUAUCGAUCCUACCGCGGGUACAAUUACGAUCCGGCGUAUACCUCGCACGCGCACGGAUGGUCGUCAGGGCCUACCUCCGCGCUCACGUUUUACGUCCUCGGCCUCACCGUGACCAAGCCGCAGGGGACGGCAUGGGCCGUCGCGCCCCAUCUGUCCGGGCUUAAGACCGCGCAGGGAGAGUACGAGACGCCGCUGGGGUGGUUCGGUGUGAAGUGGACGUGGAGCCGGAAGACGUUUGAGUUGAAGAUCGAGACGCCGAAGGGUACUGCGGGCGAGGUGACGCUGCCGAAGGAGGUGAAGGGCGGGAAAGUGAGCGUGGAUGGGGGUAAGGCGCGCAAAGUCGGUGGAAGCUUGGAGGUUGGGGGAGGAAAGCAUGCGAUCGUCGUGCGCGUCUAAAACUCGGACUUUCCCUCCCAUGCCCAACGCGUGCAAGGAGAUGCAAGAUGGACUGGGAUCGAUAGAUUGAUACAAGGUGUAAGAAUAAUAUCACCUGUGCCAGCUCCUUUGUUGUGAUCUUUGAUGCGGCUUCUG